AUGACCGAGCACAAGCAAACAGCUAUCUUGUCAGUCUACGACAAAACUGGUCUUUUGGAUCUUGCCAAGGGAUUGGUUGCCGCUAAUGUGCGUAUUUUGGCAUCUGGUGGUACCGCCAAGUUGGUUCGUGAGGCUGGUUUCCCUGUGGAAGAUGUUUCCUCAAUCACCCACGCUCCAGAGAUGUUAGGGGGAAGAGUUAAGACAUUGCACCCUGCUGUCCAUGGUGGUAUUUUGGCAAGAAACUUGGAAAGUGACGAACAGGACUUGGCCGCACAAGGAAUCGAGAAGGUUGAUUACGUUGUUUGUAACUUGUACCCAUUCAAGGAAACUGUUUCAAAGAUUGCAGUCACAGUUGACGAAGCAAUUGAAGAAAUUGAUAUUGGUGGAGUUACUUUGUUGAGAGCAGCAGCCAAGAACCACCAAAGAGUCACCAUUUUGUCCGACCCUAAGGAUUACUCUGGAUUUUUGAGCGAGUUAAAAGAAGGGAAAAUUACUACUGAAACUAGAAACAGACUAGCUUUGAAGGCAUUCGAGCACACAGCCGAUUACGAUGUUGCCAUUUCCGAUUUCUUCAGAAAGCAAUAUGCUGAAGAUGUUUCGCAAUUGCCUUUGAGAUACGGUGCCAACCCACACCAAAAGCCUGCUCAAGCUUUUGUUUCACAAGGUGAGUUGCCAUUCAAGGUCUUGAACGGUUCUCCAGGAUACAUUAAUUUAUUGGAUGCCUUAAACUCUUGGCCAUUGGUUAAGGAGUUAUCAGCUUCCUUAAACUUGCCAGCAGCUGCUUCAUUUAAGCACGUUUCACCAGCAGGUGCCGCAAUUGGUUUGCCAUUAUCAGAUGUCGAAAAGAAAAUCUAUUUUGUUGAAGACAUUGAAAACUUGUCACCAUUGGCCAAUGCCUACGCCAGAGCGAGAGGUGCCGACAGGAUGUCCUCAUUUGGUGACUUUAUUGCUCUUUCAAACAUUGUUGAUAAGCCAACUGCUCAAAUCAUCUCCAAGGAAGUUUCUGAUGGUGUUAUUGCUCCAGGAUACUCGGAUGAAGCUCUUGAGCUUUUGAAAAAGAAGAAAGGUGGUAAAUAUUGUGUGUUACAAAUUGAUCCAAACUUUACACCAGACAAUUUGGAAAAUAGGCAAGUUUAUGGUGUAACUUUACAGCAAAAGAGAAAUGAUGCCAUCAUCAAAGGAUCUUCAUUUAAGGAAAUCGUUUCUAGAAACAAGGACUUGACCGAACAAGGUGCUAUUGAUUUAACUCUCGCUACCAUUGCCUUGAAAUACACUCAGUCGAACUCAGUUUGUUAUGCCAAGAAUGGUAUGGUUAUUGGUUUGGGUGCUGGUCAACAGUCAAGAAUCCACUGUACAAGACUUGCUGGUGACAAGGCUGACAACUGGUGGUUUAGACAACACCCAAGAGUUUUGGGUUUCAAAUGGGCCAAGGGUGUCAAGAGACCUGAAAAAUCCAAUGCCAUUGACUUGUACGUCUCCAACCAAAUCCCAACCGAAGAACCAGAAAAGUCUGAAUAUGAGUCCAAGUUUGAAGAGGUGCCAAAGCCAUUGACAGAAGAAGAGAGGAAAGAAUGGUUGAGCAAGUUGAACAAUGUUGCGUUGUCUUCAGAUGCAUUCUUCCCAUUCCCAGACAAUGUUUACAGAGCUGCUAGAUCAGGUGUCAAGUUCAUUGCUGCUCCAAGUGGUUCAGUAAUGGACAAGGCUGUUUUCAAUGCUGCUGAUGCCAAUGACAUUGUCUACGUUGAGAACCCAAUCAGACUUUUCCACCACUAA